UGUCACCUGGGCACGAGGCGGCGCAGUUUACCGAGUCUACCGAGGCCGAGGAUCAGCAGUCAGCGGCGGCGGGAUGCACAAAGGCCUGAAGAAGUACUUCGUCAACAUGGACGAAUAUCUGUCCAGUCUGGGCCUCUACCGGAAGAUGGUGGCCCGGGACGCGUCCAGUCUGUUCCGGGCCGUGUCCGAGCAGUUGUUUUUCUCUCAGAACUACCACCAGAAGAUCAGACUGGACUGCGCCAACUUCAUGAGAACCAACAGAGGCAACUUUGAGCCGUUUGUCGAGGGCUCGUUUGAGAAGUACCUGGAGCGUCUGGAGGACCCUAAGGAGACGGCAGGUCAGGUGGAGAUUAAGGCUCUGUCUCAGCUCUACAGGCGUUGUUUCCUGAUUUACCGUUACCCGGGGAAACCGGCCACUGUGAUCUCGGAGGCCGACUUUGUGGACAAGGUGACGCUGUGCUGCUCCAUCAACGGCCACUAUGACAUCGUUUACCCGAGGAGUUACCCCGCCUCCGCCGCCCUCUGUCAGUCUCUCCUGUACGAGCUACUCUACACUCAGGUGUUUGGGCUGGAGGAGGCGGAGCUUUGUCAAGCUAUGGAGGCCUUCAGGGUCGGAGGUCGUCGCUAUAGAAACAGUCCAUCAGUGUGCAGUGAUGUUGACACUGGCUACGACGCACCGGAGGACCGAGCACAAAGGGAGGAGGUGGAGGCGGGUGGAGCUGUAUCAGAUGACACAAAGCCUCCUGCUGAAGCCCCGCCCCCCUCCAGACUGUCAUUGCCCUACAAAGUGAUGAAAUCUCUGGAUGGGGAAGUAUACAGAAACCUGGAGUUUGACGUCUGGCAGGACACCUGCAAAGAGAUGCAGAAGACGGACUACUUGGUGUUUGCAGGGAGACAGUACUUCCUGGGAGACAAGUGUCAGGUGCGCCUGGAGCCGAAGGGGAAGUACUACAACGCCUUCAUCCAGGAAGUAGGAACUCACUCCACGGCUGUCACUGUGUUCAUCGAGGAGCUGGGAGAAAAACACCUGGUUCCUCUCACUGACCUGAAACAAGUCAACCCGGUUCCUGCCUGGAACGUGGCUGCUCCAACCAGAAAAGGAGACCUGGACCCGGACUCUCGUGGUCAACGCCACCACCGCCACCGGUUCUUCAGAAAGUCUCGGGGCAGCAGUGGCAUGAAGCCGGCGGAGUUACUGAUGCCGCCGCCAUCUUCUUAUGGAUGCCCCGCCCCCUCUGCCCUGCCCCCCCGCUUACAGCCAGCAGGCCACCCCCGCCUACCCCCCCCAUCUUCACCCAUGACCUACGACCCUUAUGCCCCCCCACACCACCACCCCACGGCCAGACCUCCUCGCUACGGAGCCUCAAGAAGCUCCACCCGUUUCCUGAACCGUCACCUGAUUGGUCCACAGCUGACCUAUUACCACCCUGGAAGACGAUACUAUCACGACUAUGAGAACUAUGCCUUCAGGUCCCGGCGUAGCCGUCGUCAGCUGGCGGCCGCCAUCAAUAAAGAGUGUCAGUUUGGGUUUGCAGCAGAGGCUGUGGAGGAGUCGCCUGAUCUAGAAGCAGCCAUGGCGUACUACCAGCUGGAAGACGCCGGCGACGCCAUCUACCCUCCACUUCCGGGCCCAGCGGUGGCCCCGCCCCCCAACAUGGGAGCCCCGCCCCCUCCACCCGGCUCCUCCUACAGAGUGCAGAGGGGCUCGGGGCCCCUAUCCACCGCACCUCCAACCGGAAACACCCCCGUCUGCUCCUCGGAGGAGGACCAGGAGGACACGAGCACUGUGGAGGACCAGGUGCUUCGUGUUUCAGAGUUCUCAGAGGAGUUCAUCUACAACUCUCAGGAUCAGAGCUACCAGACGUCAGGAGUCUAUAGUACUGCUGAGCCCUCCACCAACCAGGAUGAACAGGAAGUAGGCAUGAGUGACUCUCCAACCAGAGCAGACAUCAACUACAACUACACCCAGCAGGUGAAGCCCCUGGCCGUCAUCUGCUCCUCACCCUCCUCCUCCUCCUCGUCCUCCCCGUCCUCCCCGUCGUCGCGGCUACCUGCAGCCUCUCACGUCCCGGCGCCGUCUCAUGCUCCGUCGCGUUCAGUUGCCGUGGCGAUGCCGGCCUCAUCCCCCUGGUUGGUCAACGAGCUGGGUGAGGCUCUUUGCACCGUGGUGGCUCCGCCCCCUUACUCCUACGACCCCAACGGGAAUGAUCUACCCAGAGAUGCCAGAGUCCUCCAGUACUACUUUAACCUAGGAGUCCAGUGGUAUCAUCAGAGCUGUUGGCAGCAGCAGCAGCAGGUUUACCCCCCCGCCUCACCUGAGACCACCUACCCCUAUCAGCACUACCCCCCCUACCUGAGCCAUGACCCCACCCUCCACGGUGCCCCCCCCUCGUUCCCAGACGGCGGCCGAGGCCUCCACCAGCCCCCCUCCUCCUACCCAGAAUCCUCCAGGGCGGCUGAUGGACAGACCGAGGGCCCCACCCCCUCCAUCGAAGCUACUUCCUCUUCCAUUGGUCCCGCCCCUUCAGGCUCAGCCCCUCCCUCUGCUCUGCUGUACCCAGAUCAGACACCCCUCCCCCCUCCCUCUCUGCUGCACCUGUCAUAUGAAGCUCCACCUCCAGCCGCCUACCUGACCUCGGCCCCCCACCCGAUCCAUCCUCACCCCACCCACCUCACCCAUCACUCCUCUUACCACCCCUGCAUCCCCUCCACCGCCCCCUGGGGGGCACUCCAGAACGGAGGCCACGCCCCUCGGGUCUACUGCCCUGCCCCCAACUCUGCCCACAUGGUCGGUUACAUCACAGCCCCGCCCCCCCACCACACGGCACACUACACUCCCUCCACCAUGUAAAUCCACCCAUGGUUCACGUCCAAAUAAAAGAAUUAAAGAUCUGAAUGUUGAAUGGAGAUUAGCAUGUUAGCAUUAGUCUUGUUUUCUCAUUAGUCGCCUGUUGGAACCUUUGUUAAGUCCUUUAAUUGUUUAGCUCGUUAGUGGCAUCAUGAGGACCAGUAAUUGUCUCUGUUUAUGUGAACGACCAUGUGUUGAGCCAAUCAGAGGGAGGGGGCGGGGCCAGUCCCUGUUUGUUGAUGGGACCUUUUUGUGUUGAUGUUUUCUUCACUGUUCUGUUAGAAUAAAGUUUGUUUCACCUGCA